AUGUCUGGACAGAUAACUACACUCGAACAACUUCAGCAGCUCUUUAGAGAAGCAUAUGCAGGUACCCGGAAUCAAGUUAGGCCGGUACUUAUAGGAGGUGAACAAAUUAUCGAACUACCUGCAAGAAUAGUGGCUCUUAUGGAAGAAAUUAGAGUAGACUUAAUUAAAAAAUACAAACAAACACCUGCACGAAUGUAUUUGGAAGAAGAUUUAAAAAUGCUGGAAAAACCUUUCUUUCAAAGACCGAUCGAAGAGCAACAAGAAAUCGAAAAACCGAUACAACUAUCAAUACUUGGACAAGACACUUCAGUUGAUGAACAAUUAAAAUCCACAAUCGAGUUAGAUGACGGACCCAGCCUAAGUUCACCUUGGCCCAUGGAAACAGAAUCGUGGCAUAUUCACGAAAUCAAACCACAACGAAUUCUAGAUCUCCCUGAGAAAAUGUCGAACAUUCAAACAAUUAUUUCAUCUAACGAGAUAGUGUCUCAAACCGAUGAAGUAUACAGUCUUCAAGCGCUCAAAAUUAUAGAACUAGAUGUACAUCAACCCACACCCGCUGGAAAAAAUUCUCAAAAUGCCGAAACAUCAUCACAGUUUUUACGUGCUGUUCCAUUAGUUAACGAGCAGCAACAAAGUCACUUUGAACCACCACAAAUAACAAAUGUACGAUACAAGCCGAAAUUAAGGCUUUGUCGACGUCAUACGAAUCAGAAACAUCGGUUACAUGACUUAGUAUCCACUUCAAAACAAUGGUUUACAAAGUCGUUACCCAAUGUUAAAACAAUUAAAAUACGUCGGGAUCUCGAAUCACUUUUACUCUAUGCCAGAGAUGGAACCGGUCCGGUUUUUUGA